CCUGGCUUCUGUGCAGAGCAUCAUGGCAGAGCAUUUGUCCCAGAGCGAGCUGGACUACCCCUUCAAACUUCUGGAGUAUUUCAACGGCUUCAGGGUGUCGAAGGUGAUCUUCUCAGCCUGCGAGCUGGGAGUGUUUGACCUCCUGCUGACCUCCGCCGAGCCCCUGAGCGCCGUGCACGUGGCCCGGGAGCUGAGCACCAGCCAGGACGGGAUGGAGAGGCUGCUGGACGCGCUGGUGGGCAUCGAGAUCCUGGAGGUGGAGCAGAGGGACGGCACGGCGCUGUACAGCAGCACCGAUGUGGCCAACCUGUACCUGGCCAAGGGCAGCGCCAAGUCGCUCCACGACAUGAUCAUCUACCAGUCGCAGACCAUCUACCCGCUGUGGAACAACAUGGUGGACGCCGUCAGAGAGGGGAAGAACCAGAAUGAGAAGACGUUCGGGCUGCCGGCGGAGGAGGUUUUCCAGGCCAUGUACAGGUCCGAGGAGGAGAUGCUGAAGUUCAUGGGUCUGAUGAACUCCUCCUGGGUUCUCGACGGACACGACAUCGUGACGGCGUUCAACCUCUCCGGCUUUCGGACCAUCGUGGAUCUGGGAGGAUGCACCGGGGCUCUGGCCCGGGAGAUGGCGAAGGCGUACCCGUCGUCCUCCGUCGUGGUGUUCGACCUUCCGCAGGUGGUGGAGACGGCUCGGAAGCACUUCGCUCAGGAGAACGAUCGCAUCGACUUUCAAGCUGGCGAUUUCUUCAGCGGGGAAAUUCCUGCGGCGGACCUGUUUGUUCUGGCUCGGAUCAUUCACGACUGGUCCGAGGAGAAGUGUGAGCUGCUGCUGAAGAAGAUCCACGAUGCCUGCCCACCAGGCGGCGGCGUCCUGCUGGUGGAGGCCAUGCUGCUGGAGAACCGGCGGGGGCCCGUCACGGCGCAGAUCUUCUCCCUCAACAUGCUGGUGCAGACGGAGGGCCGCGAGCGCCCCCCCUCCCAGUACACCCGCCUGCUGCAGAGGAGCGGCUUCGGCAGCGUGCAGCUGUGCCGCACCGGGAAGUCCUACGACGCCAUCCUGGCCACCAGAUGAGC